AAAGAGCAAGCAUUCAAUCAGCAUCUUGCUUCUGAUGGGCAUAUCAAAGAGAGCUAUAGGACUAUAAAGGUGGCUAGUUCCUCACUGGUUAAUCAUUCAACAAACAUAGAGGUACAAGGAUGGGAAGCAUUAAAAUGCCUUCUGAUAUGCUCCCUUUUGGGAUUACUGAGUGUUGCCCAAGCUGAUCUGCAGUUAGGUUUCUAUGCCAAGACAUGUCCCAAGGCUGAGAGCAUUGUGUUUCAGUAUGUCAGGGAGCAUAUCCCUCAUGCACCAUCUCUUGCUGCUGCUCUUCUUAGAAUGCACUUCCAUGACUGCUUUGUCAGGGGUUGUGAUGCUUCAGUUCUUCUGAAUUCCACCAGCAAAACACCAGCAGAGAAAACAGCACCUCCAAAUCUGUCUCUCCGUGGAUUCAGCUUUAUUGACCAAAUCAAAAGUUUGGUUGAAAAAGAGUGUCCUGGAGUUGUUUCAUGUGCUGACAUUGUCAGCUUGGUAGCCAGAGACUCAGUUCUAGUCAUUGGAGGUCCAUUUUGGAAUGUACCAACAGGACGUAGAGAUGGAUUGAUUUCUAAUGCAACUGAGGCCAGAAACAACAUUCCAGCACCUAAUUUUAACUUCACUACUCUCAAGAAUUCAUUUGCUAGCAAAGGACUUGAUCUCACUGACCUGUUUCUCUUAUCUGGAGCUCAUACAAUUGGAGUUGCUCACUGCUCAUCAUUCAGUUCCCGUCUUUACAAUUUCACUGGGAAAGGAGAUCAAGAUCCCGCACUGGAUCCAUUCUAUGCUGCCAACUUGAAGAAGAACAAAUGCAAGGUCCCUAAUGACACCACCACCAUUGUUGAAAUGGACCCAGGGAGCUUCAGGACAUUUGAUUUGGGUUACUACAAGCUACUGCUCAAGAGAAGAGGUUUGUUCCAAUCUGAUGCAGCUCUGACCACUGAUCCUGCAACCAAGUCCUCCAUCAUUAAGAUUGUUAGCAGUCCACUUGAAGUGUUCUUCAAAGAGUUUGCCCUGUCAAUGGAGAAGAUGGGAAGGAUUGAGGUGCUCACUGGAUCUGCAGGUGAGAUCAGGAAGAAUUGUGCAAUUGUGAAUAGCUAGAUGUUUGAGGUUGUUUUUCUCUUCAUAUGAUUUGUCAUGAGUGAAUUGAAUAAGCAGUAAAUUGUAGAAUGUUGAGUGCUAUGUUUGCAGUAAAUUUGUUGUAAAGUGUUUUCAUUUGAUUUCAAUAAUGUGGAAAGAGACUUGUGUGAUGCAUAAGCUAGUGCCCACUGUUUGAAAC